UCUUGCUUAAAACUAUCAGCCAUAACUUGAUGACAUUGUCACUCUGUUUUGUUAGUGUCUAUGUCAAUGUAUCUAAUGUAACCAAAACAUAUUUUAGUGUUAAUUUUAGCUUAUUAAAACCUUAUAUUCAUGAAAGGUUUUCUCUUAUUUCAAUUUAAUAAGCUAACAACGCAACAUGGAUAAAUAUCUUCGCCCUGAAAGAUUUGAUAUCGACCCGUCAGAUAGCUCUAGUACGAGAGCUUGGAUACACUGGCGUAAGACUUUCGAAAGCUUCAUUUCCGUGCAGAAACCGACCGCUUCAGAAACAGAUGCACAGUCGGUUCCUCCGUCAGAAUGGGACAGCAUAAAGUUUCAGCUUUUGGUAAAUCAUAUAUCACCAAAUAUUUAUACAUAUAUAAGCGAAGCCACGAACUACGAAGAAGCGAUCACAAUACUGCAAAAACUUUAUGUAAAACCGAAAAAUCUAAUAUUUGCAAGGCACAUGUUAGCAACAAGGAAACAACGACCAGAAGAAGGUAUUGACACAUAUUUACAAGCUUUAAAACUGCUUUCUAAAGAUUGUGACUUUGCGGCUGUUAAUGCAGAAACAAAUAAAAACGAUAGCGUGCGUGAUGCAUUCAUAUCCGGUAUAUCAUCGCAUAAAAUCAGACAAAGGCUUUUAGAAAACUUAACUCUAACACUUGAUCAGGCUUACAACCAAGCACUCUCUCUAGAAACUGCAGAAAUCAACUCUCAAAGCUUCAAUACUGUAUCUUUAAAUGCUGUUGCUCCAAAAGCACCAACAUUACAAACUGUGCACGACGAGCCCUGCUCUUCUGUUAAUAAUCCUCGACGACGAAAAUGUUUCUUUUGUGGGGGACAAAUACAUCCUCGCAAGAACUGCCCUGCAUUUGAAAAGACUUGUCAGCUCUGCAACAAGAAGGGGCACUUUGCCACUGUGUGCAGAAGCUCUUCCAAAGCUACAAACUCUGUGGUAGGUACUGAAGAUCUUUCCGCUUGUAUCACAGCAGCGUCACCUUCUUCACUACGUAAAGCUACUGUACCUGCUUAUAUUCGAGGAAUAAGAGCAGAAGCACUUCUCGACACCGGCAGCUCCAUCAGUUUUAUAAAUGACAGCUUUGCAAGACUAUGCGGGUUAAAAAGAAAAUCCUGCAAUCAGACAAUUUCUAUGGCCUCUCUUAAUCAUACUUCACAAGUGGAAGGCCAAACUUUGCAAACCCUGAAAAUCGGAAAUCAUAAAUAUGAUAAUGUGAAUCUUCUUAUCGUGAAAAAUCUUUGUGCUGACAUUAUUAUCGGCCAUGACAUCCUCGAAGAACAUUCAUCGCUAGAGUUCUCUUUUGGUGGGCCAAAACAUCCACUUCAAGUAUGUAACGUAACGGAAGCAUCAGUACCAGCUGUACCACUUUUUGCGAAUGUAUCUCCCAACUGCAAACCUAUUGCUAUUAAGUCUCGAAGGCACAGCAAAGAGGAUAGUGAAUUUAUUACAGAAGAGAUCAGAAACCUUAUAGCAGAGGGCGUGAUAGAAGAAAGUAAAUCACCGUGGAGGGCCCAAGUACUAAUAACAAAAAGCGAAACUCAUAGAAAACGCCUAGUGAUUGAUUACUCUCAGACAAUUAAUCGUUACACAGAACUCGACGCGUACCCUUUACCAAACAUUGAGGACUUAGUUUCGAAAGUGGCAAAGAAUAAAUUUUUCAGCCUUAUAGACCUGAAAAGCGCGUACCAUCAAGUGCCUAUACUACCCAAAGAAAGGAAAUUUACAGCUUUUGAAGCGCUGGGAAAUUUGUACCAGUUCAGGCGUAUUCCUUUUGGAGUAACAAAUGGUGUUUCGAGCUUCCAACGAACAAUCGAUUGGAUAAUAAGAAAAGAGAAGCUUCAAAACACAUAUGCGUAUAUUGAUGAUAUAACUAUUUGUGGCCAGGCUCUUGAAGAACACGAUCGUAACUUAGAAAAUUUUAUGAAUGCCGCAAAGAAAUACGGUUUAACACUGAGUAUACAAAAAUGUAAAUUUUCUCAAGAGUCAAUUAAUAUACUAGGCUAUAAUAUUCAAAACUACAUAAUUAAACCUGACAGUGAGCGACUCAAGCCACUGAUUAAUUUACCUCCACCAAGCGAUGUACCUACCUUAAGAAGGACACUCGGCAUGUUCGCACAUUAUUCUAAGUGGAUUCCAAACUUUUCUAAACGGAUCCACUCAUUACGCAAAAUUCUAGACCAGUGGCGUUUUACUCAAGAACAUUAA